AGAAGCGUUGGGUAGUUCAACCAGUUGGUGCAAGGUGCUCGAACGCGACGGUACAAGACUCUUUUGAAUUGUGGAAAAGUAAGUGAAAACGAAACGGUACGAUCUUUUGAACUUCAAAAAAAAGGUUAGCAGCUAACUAGCUGUGCGAAGGCCAGUGUUCAAUUUGGCGAAUUACUUAUUUUGUCAUAAAAAUUCCAUGCUUAUCCGGUUAUUAUAACAAAACGUAAUUUUAUUAAGAAAAAUAAUUAAGUGUUCAAUCCUGCUUUGAAGAUCAAAAUGACGGAUAAUGACAAUCAUCCUAUGGAUGAGUUCUGCGGCUCACAAUUUUGGAACGCAAAUCAAACUUGGUGGACCAGUGACCCAGAUUUUACAAAAUGCUUUGAGAAGACUGUUCUAGUAUGGGGCCCAUGUGCAUUUCUGUUUAUUUUCUCCGUAUUCGAUUUUUACUAUCUGAAAGCAAGUUUAGAUAAGAACAUCCCAUGGAACAAACUUAACAUUAGCAAAUUAGUUUUGAAUAGUGCUUUGCUUAUUCUUUCGGCAACCGACUUAGUUGUCGCAUUAGUAAAGAAGGGUGAUGAAGCUACAGCCUCGUUAAUCCAUCCUAUUGAUAUAUGGGGUCCUAUUAUAAAAUUCGCCACUUUUUUGUUGCUGUUCAUUUUCAUUCCGCUGAAUCGGAAAUAUGGUGUGCAGACAUCCGGUACGCAAUUUCUUUUCUGGUUCCUGCUUGUGAUAUUCGCAAUUCCUCAAUGUCGCACCGAAGUGCGUGAAAGUAGGGAGCGAAAUAAAAUAUUGAACUCUGACAUAGCAGACAAACCGGACUAUUCGUGGGAUGAAUACAAUUAUGUUAGUUACAUAGUUUAUUUUGCAUUUUCAUGCGCAAUGCUCUUGCUGAACUGUUUUGCCGAUGCCAUGCCCAGAGAAACUAAAUACAAACGGACGAAUAACGAAAUUCCGGAAAGUUCGUCAAGUUUCUUGUCGCGCGUAACAUACACUUGGUUCGAUGGUAUGGCAUGGAAAGGUUAUCGAAAUCCAUUGGAAGAGAAAGAUCUAUGGGAUUUGCGUCCACAGGACAGCUGUAGAGAAAUCAUGCCAAUAUUCGCGUACUAUUGGAAUAAAAGUGUGCACAAAAACGAUAAGAGCCACACUCCACCACAACCGAAGGCGCAGUAUAGUAAUGGUAAAGUGGAAUUUGAGAACCCACAUGGGCGUUCAGGCGAAAAGAAAAAGGUCACAUCCAUAAUGCCACCUAUUAUCAAAUCAUUUGGAGGAGUAUUUUUGUUUGGUUCAUUAAUGAAAUUAAUUUGCGAUUUACUAACAUUUGUGCAACCUCAAGUGCUCAGUUUAAUUAUUAGUUUUGUGGAAGAUUAUGCCGACGAAAAUUCCGAAAGACAACCCGAAUGGAAGGGCAUUUUCUAUUCUGCGUUACUAUUUAUUACAGCUGCUGCACAAACAUUUAUUUUGGGGCAAUAUUUCCAUCGCAUGUUCGUCGUUGGCUUGCGCAUACGUACUGCACUUAUAAAUGCCAUCUACCGCAAAGCUCUGGUCAUCUCAAAUGCCACACGUAAACAAUCGACAGUGGGUGAAAUUGUCAAUUUAAUGGCUGUAGAUGCGCAACGUUUUAUGGAUUUAACAACGUACUUGAAUAUGAUAUGGUCAGCGCCGUUGCAAAUUGCCUUAGCCAUGUACUUUUUAUGGCUCCAAUUAGGACCUUCUGUAUUGGCCGGUCUUGCUGUGAUGAUCAUCCUGAUUCCUGUUAAUGGUGUUAUAGCCAAUCGCAUUAAAGUAUAUCAGAUCAGACAAAUGAAGUAUAAGGAUGAACGUGUUAAACUAAUGAACGAAGUGCUCAGCGGCAUAAAGGUGCUUAAAUUAUAUGCUUGGGAGCCAAGUUUCGAAAAUCAAGUGUUGCAAAUUCGUGAAAAGGAAAUAGAGACUCUAAAAGCCGCUGCAUACUUAAACGCCGGUACCUCGUUCCUAUGGUCAUGUGCCCCCUUCUUGGUAUCAUUGGUCACAUUCGGUACAUAUGUUUUAAUUGAUGAAAACAAUGUUCUCGAUGCAACUAAAAUAUUCGUUUCAUUAUCAUUAUUCAACAUUUUGCGCUUUCCAUUAAUAAUGUUGCCCAUGUUGAUAACCAACAUGGUACAAACUCAAGUUUCUGUGAAACGUAUUAACAAAUUCAUGAAUAGCGAGGAAUUGGAUCCAAACAGUGUCCAGCAUGAUCCCAAAGAAGCCGAACCAAUGAUCAUCAGAAAAGGUGCCUUCUCUUGGGGUGAUGGAGAACAGACAUUGAAAAACAUCGAUUUGACGGUGAAAAAAGGCACAUUGUGCGCUGUUGUUGGUACCGUUGGUUCCGGCAAAUCUUCACUGAUACAAGCGCUGCUUGGUGAGAUGGACAAAUUGUCGGGUCGCGUAAACACAGUAGGCUCUAUUGCAUAUGUGCCGCAACAGGCUUGGAUCCAGAAUGCCACACUACGUGAUAACAUUCUAUUUGGCCUGGAAUACGAUCGUAAACGUUAUAAUCGUGUUAUAGAUGCGUGUGCCUUACGUUCCGAUAUCGAUAUGUUGUCGGCCGGCGAUCAAACCGAAAUCGGUGAGAAGGGUAUUAAUUUAUCUGGUGGUCAGAAACAGCGUGUUUCUUUGGCACGUGCCGUGUACAGUAAUGCCGACUUAUAUUUACUUGACGAUCCAUUAAGUGCUGUUGACUCACAUGUGGGCAAGCAUAUAUUCGAAGAGGUGAUUGGACCGAAUGGUCUGUUGGCGAAGAAGACACGUGUAUUAGUCACGCAUGGUAUUACGUUCUUGCCGCAAACAAACAAUAUAUAUGUGAUGAAAUUGGGCGAAAUUAGCGAAAGUGGUACCUAUCAAGAGUUGUUAGCGCGCAAAGGCGCUUUUGCUGAAUUCAUUAUACAACAUCUGCAAGAGUCUACUGAAGAAGUUGAGGAUUUGGAUGAGAUUAAACAGCAAUUGGAGGGCACUGUCCAAUCGGAAGAACUUUUAGGCACACUCGAAAAGGUCAUUUCCCUAGCACGUACUGAAAGUUUGUCAGAUUCUGUUUCUGUCAAGUCGUUGGAGAGCGGUAAAGGCAGUUUACGGCGUCGCAAAAUUGGUCGUCAAGACUCGGAAAUUUCAGCAAUUUCAACAGUGUCGCAAAAGCAGACUGAGGUGGAGGAGGGUAAACUAAUUGAAACCGAAAAAUCAGAAACUGGUGGUGUGCAACUGGCUGUUUACAAGCAUUAUAUUAAGAGUGUUGGCGUUUUCCUGUCACUUGCUACUCUGUUUUUGAACUUCGUCUAUCAAGCAUUUUCGAUUGGCUCCAAUUUGUGGUUGACACAAUGGUCGAACGACAGGCGUGUAGCAAACGACACGGGGUUGCGUGAUAUGUAUUUGGGCGUUUAUGGCGCUUUCGGUUUUGGUCAAGCUUUAGUGUCAUAUUUAAUGACUUGUGCCCCAUACUUGGGUGCUUUGAGAGCAGCAACUGUGAUCCAUUUGCUGCUAUUAAAAAAUAUGCUACGAGUAGAACUGAACUUUUUCGAUACAACACCCGCGGGUCGCAUAUUGUCCAGAUUUUCAAAAGAUGUUGAUGUCCUUGAUACAAAACUGCCACAAUUAAUUGAUGAUUGCCUUUGGUGCGGUUUUCAGGUAUUAGCCACUAUUGCGGUAAUCAGCAUGUCGACGCCGAUAUUCUUGGCAGUCAUUAUACCCAUAGGCUUUCUGUAUUAUUUUGCGCAACGUUUCUAUGUUGCUUCUUCACGUCAAUUGAUGCGUUUGGAAUCGGUGUCGCGUUCGCCAAUUUAUACGCAUUUCAGCGAAACGAUCACUGGCGUAACGACCAUACGUGCUUAUACAGUACAAGAUCGCUUUAUCGAUGAAUCGGACAACCGCGUGGAUAAAAAUCAGGUCUGCAAAUAUCCGUCAUUAAUCGCAAAUAGAUGGUUGGCUGUACGUCUAGAAAUGGUCGGUAAUCUAAUUAUUCUUUUCGCAUCACUCUUUGCCGUAUUGGGUGGUCAAUCGAAUCCUGGUCUUGUUGGUCUAUCUGUGAGUUAUGCUUUGCAAGUGACGCAAACGCUCAAUUGGUUGGUGCGCAUGACAUCUGAUAUUGAGACAAAUAUUGUGGCUGUGGAACGUAUUAAAGAGUAUGGUGAAACAAAACAGGAGGCACCAUGGGAAUUGGAAAACUCGAAAGUGCCACGCGAUUGGCCAAUGGAAGGUCAGGUUGUAUUUGAGAAUUUCAAAGUGCGUUACCGUGAAGGUCUGGAUUUGGUAUUGCGUGGCAUUACCUUUACCAUCAGGGGUGGUGAGAAAGUCGGUAUAGUGGGUCGUACAGGUGCUGGCAAAUCCAGUUUAACGCUGUCUCUGUUCAGAAUUAUCGAGUCAGCCGCUGGACGCAUUUUCAUUGACGGUGUAGAUAUAGCUACAUUGGGCCUGCAUAUGCUACGCUCGCGAUUGACAAUCAUACCACAAGAUCCAGUCUUAUUCUCAGGUACGCUGCGCAUCAAUUUGGAUCCAUUCGAAGUGAAAUCGGACGAUGAACUGUGGAAAGCGCUGGAAUUAUCUCAUUUAAAAACAUUCGUUAAAACACUUCCUGCCGGCUUGAAUCACGAGAUUAGUGAAGGUGGUGAGAAUUUAUCAGUGGGCCAGCGGCAGUUGGUGUGUCUGGCGCGUGCUCUUUUGCGCAAGACGAGAGUUUUGGUGCUCGAUGAAGCUACAGCCGCUGUAGAUUUAGAAACAGAUGAUUUGAUACAGAAAACUAUACGUUCGGAAUUCAAAGAAUGCACUGUGCUAACAAUUGCCCACCGUUUGAAUACUAUUAUGGACUCGGAUAAGGUGAUCGUUUUAGACAAGGGCGAAGUAACUGAGUUUGCUUCACCUGUGGAACUACUAGAUAAUCCCAAAUCAGCAUUCUAUAGCAUGGCAAAGGAUGCCAAUCUAGUGUAAAUGCAUAAUUUAGUUAUUACCUUGUUGAUUAUGAAGAAUUUCGUUUAGUUUAUGCGAGUUAAAGUUAACAUUAUUGAAUACGUUAUUAUAAGCAAACACUCAAAGUAAAACAUAAAAUCAAAAAUAAUACAACAAACCAACAAUUCAUAUAAAUACAUAGAUGUGCAUAUCCAUAUGUACGUUCACAUCACUAUACGACAUCUAAAUUUUGUUGUUUCUUAAUGUUAGUACUUACAAAUACCGUCACCUACUAAGUUUUCAAGCAUGAUGUAUUUUUGUAUUUCAAAUGCAUGUACAAGUAGUUUUUAUAUUUGCUUUACUGCUUAAACCAUAUCCUGAUUUAUACCUUAACAAGUGUACUCACUAAGUAAAUAACGGCCAGUUAUUAUGAAGAGAUUAUGUCACAUAUCUUGUAUUAAGUGCGCAAUCAUACAACGUAUACGCUAUACUUAAUUUCUGUUUACAUAAAAGUUAUUUGUAAUUACUUUUCUUCUAUUUGGUUCUGCAAUUCAAGUGUACGGAGUUCGGAAGCUAAGCCAAAUUUAAGCAAAUAAACUAUGUGAUAACUGAUGUAGCUAAAUUCAAUUUCUAAAACUACCUCACAUUGCACCAUUUAAGCAAGCAGAGAUUGAUGAAUAACGGAAACAUUUGUUUAUUACUUAAUUGUGUUAUGUAAGGUUUAAUGUUAAUAUUGCAAUUACGAGUACUUAUAUUUUUGCACCUGAACCGUCUGUUAAUUGGAGUUUUUUUUAUUUUUAAGUAUGUAAAAUAAGUGUGAAUAGUGUAAUUAUUUUAUUGUCUUCAAUUAUGUUUCGAUUAUCAAUAAAAAUUAAUUAUAUCUUUAAGAUAUAGUUAUGUCGAAAAAAUUUCAUAGAUUUAUGAAUUUACAUGUAAAAAAGUAAAAUCUAAUUAAAUACAUAUUAAUAAAGAAAGAAGCAUUAACAUUAAUUAUGUAAAAACAUA